GAACCAAUGUUCUUGUGACACAGGAGGCCAUGGCCAGAAGCAUGGAGAGUCGCAGUCACCACUACAUCCUGGAGCCUGUGUGCGCAUCUGCCCUCCUGAAAAGAAACUGCUGCAAGGAGCCCCUGAGGUCCCGGCACAGCCCGAGGAUCGAAUGUGAUAUUCAGCUGGAGACCAUUCCCUUGAAGCUGUCCCAGCUGCAGUACCGGCAGAUCAUGGGAUUCCUCAAGGAGCUGGAGCGGAAGGAGAGGCAGGUGAAAUUCCGGAAGUGGAAACCAAAAGUGGCCGUGUCCAAGAACUGCCGAGAAUGGUGGUAUUUUGCCUUGAACGCUAACUUGUAUGAGAUCAGAGAGCAGAGGAAGUGUUGGACCUGGGAUUUCCUGUUGCAUCGUGCCCGAGAUGCUGUGUUUUACACGGAAAGAUACUUCAACAAGUUAAAAGGAGGCAUGCUGUCUGCGGAUGAAAAGGAGGAGAUGUGUCGGAUUGAGGAGGAACAGAGCUUUGAGGAAUUGAAGAUUCUGCGAGAACUGGUUCAUGACCGAUUUUAUAAACAGGAGGAGCUCGCAGAGAGUCUUCGAGAGCCUCAGUUUGAUUCUCCAGGAGCCUCACCUGGUGACCCAGACGCCAGCGGAGGCAGCGGGAUGCUGCAGUACCUGCAGUCCUGGUUUCCAGGGUGGGGAGGCUGGUACGGACAGCAGAGCCCUGAAGGGAAAGUGGUGGAAGGACUGUCAGCCGAGUCACAUGAGCACUGGACCCCUGAAGAGAUCUUGGGCACUGAGGAAUUUUUUGACCCCACUGUGGAUGCCUCGUGUAUGAACACCUACACAAAGCGAGAUCAUGUCUUUGCCAAACUGAAUGUGCAGCUCCAGCGAGGGACCGUGACUCUCCUGCACAAGGAACAGGGUGCUGCUCAUGCCAGUGAGAGCGCGUUCAUGCAGCUUGAGUUCUCAGAUGUCAAACUUCUAGCAGAGUCUCUUCCUCGAAGAAACUCCUCCUUGCUUUUAGUCCGGUUGGGUGGACUGUUCCUCCGAGACCUGGCUACGGAAGGAACCAUGUUUCCUCUCCUGGUCUUCCCUAAUCCGAAAGAAGUUGGCAGAGUCUCACAGUCUUUUGGUCUUCAAACUUCAUCAGCGGACAGAAGUGAUCAAUACCCUGCUGCAGACCCAGACAAUCCAGUCUUUGAGAUGCUCUAUGAGAGGAACCCAGUGCACAGCCAGUUUGAGAGGCGGCUGCAUGUCAGCACGAGGCCCUUGAACAUCAUCUACAACCCACAGGCCAUUAAAAAAGUGGCAGACUUUUUCUACAAGGGAAAGGUUCAUACCUCAGGUUUUGGUUAUCAGUCUGAGCUUGAGUUGAGGGUAGCUGAAGCAGCUCGAAGACAAUAUAACAAGCUGAAGAUGCAGACGAAGGCUGAGAUCCGCCAGACUCUUGACCGGUUGCUUGUGGGAGAUUUUAUUGAGGAAAGUAAGCGGUGGACUGUUCGGCUAGACAUUUCUGCCCCUCAGGUGAUAUUUCCGGAUGAUUUCACCUUCAAGAAUCCUGUGCUGGUUGUUGUGGAUCUUGGAAGAAUGCUGCUGACCAACACCCAAGAAGACUCUAGGAGGAAAAGUGGAGAUGGGUCCGCUUCUGAAGAGAAUCAGUUCAGUGACGAUGAGUAUAAGACUCCACUUGCCACACCUCCCAGCACCCCACCUCCAGAGACCACCAGCAGCAAUGGGGAGAAAACACCGCCCUUUUCCGGAGUGGAAUUCAGUGAGGAGCAGCUUCAGGCUCAUCUGAUGAGCACACAGAUGUACGAGAGGUACUCCUUGACGUUCAUGGACCUCCAGGUCAUGGUGGGGCGCGUGAGAGACAACUGGAAGCGUGUGCAGGACAUUGAUGUGGGGCCAACACAUGUGGUGGAGAAGUUCAAUGUCCACUUACAGUUAGAACGCCGGCUGAUUUACACGUCAGACCCCAAGUACCCUGGGGCUGUGCUGUCAGGCAACUUACCAGACUUAAAAAUCCACGUCAAUGAAGACAAGAUAUCUGCUCUAAAGAACUGUUUUGCUCUCCUCACCACACCCGAAAUGAAACCCCCUGACACCCAGAUCAGAGAGAAGAUUUUCCCCCAGGAAGGACCGAGGGGAAGCUUGCAGGACUCAGUAAUGAACUUGACCCAGAGCAUUGUGAUGCUGGAGCAGCACACACGGGAGGUGCUGGUGGAGUCGCAGCUCCUCCUAGCGGAAUUCAAGGUGAACUGCAUGCAGCUUGGUGUGGAGAGCAGUGGCCGCUACAUCUCCGUCCUCAAAGUGUUUGGCACCAACGCCCACUUUGUGAAGAGGCCGUAUGAUGCUGAGGUCUCCUUGACUGUUCAUGGGUUGCUCCUGGUGGACACCAUGCAGACUUAUGGUGCUGAUUUUGACCUUUUGAUGGCUUCACACAAGAACCUGAGUUUUGAUAUUCCCACAGGAAGCCUCCGGGAUAGCAGGGCACAGUCUCCUGUCCCUGGACCUAAUGUGGCCUUCCUAACUGACAUGGCAGCCCUCAACAACCAAACGGCCACUAGUGUUUCCCUGGAGAAAAUCCUCACCAAAGAACAAGAGUCCCUCAUUAAACUGGAGUAUCAGUUUGUGAGUUCAGAGUGCCCGUCCAUGAACUUGGACAGCACACUGCAGGUGAUUUCCCUGCAGGUAAAUAACUUGGACAUCAUCUUAAACCCAGAGACAAUUGUGGAGCUCAUUGGCUUUCUUCAGAAAUCCUUCCCUAAGGAGAAGGAUGACAUGAGCCCUCAGCCUCUGAUGACGGACCUUGAAAGAAACUUCCAAGAACAGGGCACGAUGCAGUCGACUUACGAGCAGAACACCGAGGUCGCCGUGGAGAUCCACAGACUCAACCUCCUGCUGCUUCGGACAGUGGGGAUGGCCGACGGGGAGAGGCAGGGCAGGAAAAUCGCAACGGCCAGCAUUGGAGGCACCAAAGUGAACGUGUCGAUGGGCAGCUCAUUUGACAUGAGCGGUUCUCUUGGCUGUUUGCAGCUCAUGGAUCUGACACAAGAGAACGUGAAGAACCAGUAUGUGGUCAGCAUCGGGAACUCCGUGGGCUACGAGAACAUUGUCAGCGACAUUGGCUAUUUUGAAAGCGUUUUCGUCAGGAUGGAAGAUGCAGCCCUGACGGAAGCUUUGGGCUUCACGUUUGCCGAGAAAUCAAAGCAGGAGUGUUUCCUGAACCUGAAGAUGGCGUCCUUGCAUUAUAACCACUCUGCUAAAUUCUUGAAGGAGCUGACGCUGUCCAUGGAUGAGCUGGAAGAGAAUUUUCGCAGUAUGUUGAAAAGUGCCGCCACCAAAGUCACCACAGUAUUAGCCACGAAGACUGCUGAGUACAGCGAGAUGGUGUCGCUCUUUGAAACCCCGAAGAAGACCCGGGAACCCUUUGUCUUGGAGGAGAGCGAAAUCUAUGGGUUUGGUCUUCCUUCCCCUCGAUCGGACACUGUGAAGCUCAUCUUGAACAUAAACAUUGAGUCUCCAGUUGUCUCUAUCCCUCGGAGGCCUGGGAGCCCCGAGCUGCUGGUGGGACACUUGGGACAGAUAUUCAUCCAGAAUUUUGUGGCAGGAGAUGACGAAUCCAGAAGUGACCGGCUGCAGGUGGAAAUCAAAGACAUUAAACUCUAUUCUUUGAAUUGCACUCAGCUGGCAGGCAGAGACAGUGCUGGGCCUGAAGUCACCCGGACGUUUUGCCCGCCCUCUGGGUCUGCCAGUGCCACCAGUCAGGAGGAGGCUCACUUCACACGACAUGAUUUCUUUGAAUCUUUGCAUAGAGGCCAAGCCUUUCAUAUCCUGAACAACACCACCAUCCAGUUUAAACUGGAGAAGAUCCCUAUCGAGAGAGAGUCUGAGCUGACUUUCUCCCUCAGUCCAGAUGACCUGGGGACAGCCAGCAUCAUGAAGAUUGAAGGAAAAUUCGUCAACCCAGUUCAGGUGGUAUUAGCCAAGCACGUGUACGAGCAGGUUUUACAGACUCUGGACAACCUUGUGUACAGUGAAGAUCUGAAUAAGUUUGCAGCCAGCGCCGCAUCCUCCCCCUGCCCUAACUCGCCCCUGCCCCCACUCAGUUCCUGUGGAGAACCUUCUGUGGAGAGGAAAGAGAAUGGAUUGUUCAGUCACUCGAGCUUCUCUAGCACCUCUCAGAAGUCCUUGUCUGUGAAGGAAGCCAAAGCCUUUACUCAGAUUCAAGCCAACUUCUGCAUAUCGGAGCUGCAGGUUCAGCUGAGUGGGGACCUGACUUUGGGGGCCCAAGGGCUGGUGAGCCUAAAGUUUCAGGAUUUUGAGGUGGAGUUCAGUAAAGACCAUCCACAGACCUUGUCCAUUCAGAUUGCCCUGCGCUCGCUCCUCAUGGAAGACUUGCUGGAGAAGAAUCCAGAUUCCAAGUAUAAGAGCCUGAUGGUGUCUCGAGGGGCUCCCAAGCCGUCUAGCUUACCACAGAAGGAGUAUCUCUCCCAGUCCUGCCCUUCUGUGUCGAGUGUGGAGUAUCCCGACAUGCCCCGGUCUCUCCCUUCCCACAUGGAGGAAGCUCCUAACGUCUUCCAGCUGUAUCAAAGACCCAUCUCCACGUCUCGGAAAAAGCAAAAAGAAGUGCAGGACAAGAGCUACCCCAUGACCCCACCCCCUUCUCCCACAGUGGACGAGCCCAAGGUGCUUGCUGGGAAAAAUAAAUUUGACGAUUCCUUGGUCCACAUCAAUAUAUUCUUGGUGGAUAAAAAGCAUCCAGAAUUCUCUUCCAGUUACAAUCGCAUUAACCGGAGCAUCGACGUUGACUUCAACUGCUUGGAUGUGCUGAUCACCCUGCAAACCUGGGUGGUGAUUCUGGAUUUUUUUGGGAUUGGCUCCACUGCAGACAACCACGCCAUGAAGGUGCCGCCUGAGGGCCCGCUACAGAAUGUGAAGUCAGAGUCCAGUGCUUCCAUGGAGUCUGAGCUCCAGGAGCCAGUGAACUCCAAGCUGGAUCUCAAGGUUCAUUCGCUUUCUCUUGUGCUGAGCAAGGCCACCAGUGAGCUGGCUAAAGCAAAUGUGUCCAAAUUAGUAGCACACGUGGAGAUGAUUGAGGGAGACCUGGCCUUGCAGGGAAGCAUUGGGAGCCUGUCCCUGAGUGAUCUCACGCCUCAUGGAGACUUCUACAGAGAACGCUUCACCACAAGUGGAGAAGAGGCGCUCAUCUUCCAGACUUUCAAAUAUGGGCAGCCAGACCCUCUGCUCCAGAGAGAGCAUGAUAUUCGUGUGAGCCUGCAGAUGGCCUCUGUGCAGUAUGUGCACACGCAGCGCUUUCAGGCGGAGGUGGUGGCCUUCAUUCAGCACUUCACUCAGCUGCAAGAUGUCUUAGGGCGCCAGCGAGCUGCUCUCGAGGGUCAGACGGUGAGGGACCAGGCGCAGCGAUGCUCCAGGGUUCUUCUGGAUAUUGAGGCUGGUGCUCCUGUGCUUCUCAUCCCAGAAAGUUCCAGAUCAAAUAAUCUGAUAGUAGCAAAUCUGGGCAAGUUGAAAGUGAAGAACAAGUUUCUCUUUGCGGGCUUUCCCGGGACCUUUUUACAGGAUAAGGUGAGCCCUCAGCAUCUGCAGAUGUUGAGUUUAUCUUGAAUUUGAAUGUGAACU